AUGUUAUAUUUUAUCAUUUUUAUUUUUAUUCCACUUUUUCUAUUGGAAAAUAGCAAUGUUUUUGCUUAUAGAUGUAAGGUUUUUUCAACAAAAAUAAAACUAAUUUUUGAGAAUAAAUUUCAGAUCAUUUCAAAAAGUUAAGCGUUAGUGUAAUUGAAGUUGGUUAUGAUUAUUUCGAUGUCAAACUGCAUUUCCUAGAACAUCAACAUGUUUCAAGAAAACCAAUUGAUAACCAUUUUGUGAUUUUAUAUCAAGCUGAAAAUUCAGGAUGGAACAGAUCUGAAGGUAUGUUAAUUUAUGAUUUUAGAAUGAAUUUGAAAUUUGAUAUUUCAGUUGAAAAAGGAGCUCUUCACAAUCGAGUUUCAAAUCUUCAACCAGCUACAAAAUACACAGUGCAAUUACGAGAAUUUGACGAAAAAGGAAUUCCAUAUAAAUCCGAAUCUGAAAAAAUCAUCAUCGAAACAUCGGGAUUCAGCUUUUCUAGUGUAUUUUUCGUGGUUUUGGUAAUUUUUGGAGUUUGUUUGCUAUUAUCGAUUGUUGGCUCACUUGUUUAUAUGUUUUCAAAAGCUUAUUGGGAGAAAUAA